AUGGACUCUGCUGCCUGUGUUGCUGCUGCCACCCCUGUUCCAGCCCUGGCCCUGGCCCUAGCUCCAGACCUAGCACAAGCCCCACUGGCACUCCCUGACCUGCUAAGCCCAUCUCCCCUUCUCUCCUCUGGAAAAGAAGUAGAUGGGAGUGAAAGAGGAACUUGUCUCUGGAGGCCCUGGCUGUCUUCCACAAAUGACUCCCCAAGGCAGAUGAGGAAGCUGGUGGAUUUGGCUGCUGGCGGAGCAAUAGCUGCUGAGGUCACCAAGGCUGAAUCCAAGUUCCAUCACCCUGUCAGGCUCUUCUGGCCUAAAUCCCACUCCUUCGACUAUCUGUACAGUGCUGGGGAGAUUUUACUGCAGAACUUUCCUGUCCAGGCAACCAUCAACCUAUAUGAGGACUCAGACAAUGAAGAAGAAGAGGAAGAUGAAGAAGAGGAGGAUGAAGAAGAGAAGUAGGAGGCCGAUGAAAAGGGGCCAGAAGGGUGUGUGAGGGUACCAGGGUCCAUAUCCUACAGCACCACAGCUCAUCCCCCUUCCCCACCCCUAACCUAUCCAAAUGGUGGCAGCCAGAGUCUGAUUGGGAUUCAAUUUGUCUGGCAAGUUUCCACAGACCUCAAUUAGAUAGAGCUUUCUGGACUGAAAAUUGAGUCCUCUAACUGCCCAGCUCACCCUGGCUUACCUGACUGGCCUAUAAGCCCAGGCCUCUGGCAUCUCAUUGUCUGGGCUGCUGUUGUGUUGACUAUGGGAGGGUUCUAGGAGCUCUAGAAGAAGGAAGGCUUGCUGAAGCCUCCAGGAAGCAGAGCAGGGCAGGGCAUGCCCUUGCGGAGGGAAGUAGUCACUCCUCAAGUCCUUUGACUCCCCAGCCUUCCCAGGUGGGCAUGUAGUCUCGUCUCUCUGUGGAAAGCCUGACUUCUGGCUUCACCCCCAGGAAUACCAACAGCAGAUCCAUGCAAGGUUGGGGUGCCUUUCUGAUGAGUCUUACAGUAAGGGAAGGGGGCAUGUAGAGAAUCGGCUUCCUCUGGGGAUGACCCCCAUUUUGCCUGCUGUCCAUUGAAGUCUGUGUGUUGGCAUGAGAUGAAUCAGGAGAAAAAUAAACUGGAGGGUGUUUUCCUUUUUCUUGGAA